AAGUUUGAUGGGGCCAGAGUGAUAGUACAUCAGAUUGGGCACUUGCCUCGCACACAUCCAACCCGGGUCCAAUCCCCUGUGCCCCAUUCUCGUCCCCUGAGCCUGUCAGGAGUAAGCCCUGAGCACUGCUGGGUGUGGCAAAAGAAAAAAUGUUUAAAAUUUGAAAAGCCUUUUAAAAACACAAGUGGAGUGUCAGAAGGGCUGAGUUCAAGAAAGAUGUGUGGACCAAAUUAACUAAUUUGGAAGCCAUCCCAGAUAGAUAAUGUAUAAGGCUAUGAAAGUAUGAGGAUGUCAGGAGUGAAUGUAGAGAGAAGAGGUCCGGGGAUGAGUCCUGUAGUCACAGUGAUAUUUAGGGUUUAGUGAUGACCAGGUUUUUGAGGCCGCGGUACGCACAGCUGGCUAAGAACUGGGUCCCCACAGCGGGGAUGUGGGGCGCCGUGGGUGCUGUGGGGCUGGUGUGGGCCACCGAUUGGCAUCUGAUCCUCGACUGGGUCCCCUACAUCAACGGCAAGUUCAAGAAAGACAGUUAAGGCACGUGGCCCUCCACGCACCCGCAUCCUGGUGCUGCGUCCGGCCG